CAGUUUGGAAGACCCCCAGGUGAAGAAGACCUCCCGCCUGCUGCCUCCCGCAACCAUGGCUCCUACUCUCACCACAGCCCACCAGCGCCGCUGGUGGAUGGCCUGCACGGCCGUGGUAGAAAACCUCUUCUUCUCCGCCGUCCUCCUGGGUUGGGGAUCCCUCCUCAUCAUGCUCAAGUCAGAGGGUUUCUACUCCUACCUGUGCUCCCUACCAGAGAAUUCGACGGGAUCGGCCAGUUCUACCUUGGCCCCCGGGAACCAGACUGCAGCCUCGGAGCCGGAAGUGGCCCGCAUGAACGGCUGGCUCAUCUGUAAGGAGCAGGAUGAGAUGCUGAACCUGGCUUUCACCGUGGGCUCCUUCCUGCUGAGUGCCAUCACCUUACCCCUGGGCAUCGUCAUGGACAAGUAUGGGCCACGCAAGCUGAGGCUGCUGGGCAGCGCCUGCUUUGCUGUGUCCUGCGUGAUGAUCGCCUAUGGGGCCAGCAACCCAGACUCUCUGUCGGUGCUGAUCUUCAUCUCGCUGGCGCUGAAUGGCUUUGGGGGGAUGUGCAUGACCUUCACGUCUCUCACGCUGCCCAACAUGUUCGGCGACCUUCGCUCCACCUUCAUUGCCCUCAUGAUUGGCUCCUACGCCUCAUCGGCAGUGACUUUCCCCGGGAUCAAGGUGAUCUAUGACCUUGGAGUCUCCUUCAUCCUCAUCCUGCUCGUUUGGGCCGGCUGCGCAGGGCUAGUCUUCUUCAACUGCUUCUUCAACUGGCCGCUCGAGCCGUUCCCAGGUCCCGAAGACAUGGACUACACGGUGAAGAUCAAGUUCAGCUGGCUGGGCUUCGACCACAAGAUCACGGGGAAGCAGUUCUACAAGCAGGUGACAACGGUCGGCCGCCGCCUAAGUGUGGGCAGCUCCAUGAAGAACAACAAGGAGGUUGCGGCGCUGCAGGACAGCAACAAGCUGUGCUUCUCCACGGUGGACCUGGAGGUGAAGUGCGAGCCGGACAGUGCAGCCUCCCCAUCAUUCAUGCACAGCGUCUUCAGCCCCAUCCUGCUGCUCAGCCUUGUCACGAUGUGCGUCACGCAGCUGAGGCUCAUCUUCUACAUGGGUGCCAUGAAUAACAUCUUGGAGUUCCUGGUGGAGGGCGAUCUGGAGACAGUGGGUCUUUAUAGCUCCAUCUUUGGAGUCCUGCAGCUGCUCUGCCUCCUGACGGCUCCGGUGAUCGGGUACAUCAUGGACUGGAAGCUGCAGGAGUGUGACGAUGGCCCUGAAGAGACGGACAAAGGAGAUGGCAGCCCCCCGGGUGGGAAGAAGAAACCUCGCGACCGCCAGAUCCAGAAGAUCUCCAACGCCACCCGGGCUUUCGCUUUCACCAAUGUGCUGCUUGUGGGGUUUGGGGUCACUUGCCUGAUCCCCAACUUGCCUUUACAGAUCCUUUCCUUCAUCUUGCACACUGUCGUCAGAGGCUUCAUCCACUCGGCUGUCGGGGGUCUCUAUGCUGCUGUGUAUCCCUCCACGCAGUUUGGCAGUUUGACUGGGCUGCAGUCUCUCGUCAGCGCCCUCUUUGCCCUCCUGCAACAGCCCCUUUUCCUGGCCAUGAUGGGCCCCCUGGAAGGAGACCCCCUUUGGGUCAAUGUGGGGCUGCUGGGGGUGAGCAUGCUGGGCUUCUGCUUGCCUCUCUACCUCAUCUGGUACAAGCGGCAUCUGGAGCAGGAGAAGCAGCAGAAGGAUGACGAUGCCAAGCUCUUCCUCAAGAUCAACGGCACACCCAGCCAGGAAGCCUUUGUCUAGACACUUCUUCUGGACUGUGGGCCCUUGCCGCUGGGGAGGGGGCUGGCUAGAGGCCCUGGUCUUCCUCUGGUGCUGCCUGCAGCUCCCCCAUUCCCCCCCCCCCGAGGUCCCAGAGAAGCCUCCCAAGACCCUCAGAUCUCAUGGGCCUUGCUUUGGAUUUAAAAGCCACGCCACGAUGCCUCUUCCGUAGCACCACCCAGCUUGCGGCCCUCCCUGUGCCCGUGGUCUCUCUGGUGCUGGCCUCAGAGGCACCUAAUUCAAUACGGGCCUUGGUUGCUUUGCAAAGGGAAUGGGCCCCUCCCCCCUUUCUAACCCUUCCUGGCACGCACAUGCACACGACACCCAGGCGGUAGCUUGGCUCAUGUCUGUGCAGGACACAGACUCCAGCCUUGCUCCCCACCCACCCUGCUCUCCCAUUCUGGGAUGGGGGCCCUGGUCAUCUGGCAGGAGCCUGCUGGUCACACUGGCUCCAACGCCACUGGCAGAGGAGGGGAAGGCGAGCACCCCGUCUGCCUGCGUCUUGCACCUGUUCUGGGCAGGGAAGAUGGGAGGAUGUGGCCACCCCACCUCCCCCCUCUCUGCAGCCAGUUCGACAAAUGCUAGGGGAUGCAAAGCGUCUUCUCCCUCACAUCUGACUUUUCAUAGCAUGACUGAAGAGUGCAGGCUUUGCACUGGGUCAUGCAGGCGUCUUGGCUUCAGCAGGAAUUGGCCCCAAAGUCUCAAGCUUUAACUGGCCUGGCAGACUGUAAGGCAAGAAGAUUGGCACGAAUCUCGCCCCCAAAGGAGCAGGGAGCCAUAGAGGAGGGCAGCCCGGCUCCCAAACUAUCCUUUUGUUGCACGGAAGAGCCUGGGCUGGAGGUGUCUUGCAGGGAGCUCCCGGCCUCUGGAGCGCUGCUGGACACCCCUGCCCCCUCAGGCAAAAGGGAAAGUCUGGGGUGCAGUGGCAGCCAUCACCCACCGAUUGGCUCUGGCCAAGGGCAAGUUCGACCUCCUCGUGCGUGGCACAGCAGCUGCCGCCCCCUAGUGGCGGGAAUCCUCCCAGGCAAGGCACUGGUUCCCUUGCAGCAGCAGCAGCCAAGAUGCCACGGAGUGGGUUGCACAGUCUUGUCUCUCUAACAUCAAAAGAAAAACACACAACUCUA